AUGUCAAGGCCCGUCUUGAAAGAAGUUGAUCCUAACACCGUUUUUGCAGGCAAGGCCCAAAACAAGGACUACAGAUCCCAGAGCACCCUUUUUUUAAAUAACAAUCUCCGUAUCAGUCAGACGCGUCCUCAGUCUGAAGAUGUCACUUUGGUGGAGUGUGAGACCAGCGGUGAUUUUGAUUUCAGCUUCCUGAAUCAGCAGGAAGAGGACUCCAGGCCGGGAAGCACUGGCAGCAACUUUGACAGUUCUCUUAGCACCGACUACACAAAUAUGAAUGAGUUGCUUGAUAAGGUAGUUGAAAGAAGCGAUCUGUCAGAUCUCGUCAGAAGAGAACUCUUCUUCUACACUCAGACGGGAAUGAUGACAUAUGAUAACUUCGACCAGCUGUACUCCAAAGUCAAUGCGAAAUCAGGGUCCCACAAUAUUGAGAUAAGGGCAAUCUGCGCGACCAGCCAGCGAGUCUGGAACAGUUCACAAAAAUCCAGCUACAAAGUUGCAAUCUGUCCGAAACGUUGCAUUGCGUUCACAAAAGAGUAUGCUGACCACCAUAGGUGCCCUUGCUGCAACUCCGAGAGAGACAACGGCUCCUAUGUGAUUUACAAUUCUGUUAGACCCUUGAUCGGCUCAAUUAUGUCUAACCCAUUCUCGAGGGCUCAGAUCGAUUUGUCAUCGGAACACAAUGAAAAGGAAUACAACCUGCAGCUCACGCUUAUGGUUGAGCAAAAAUAUACAGUGACUAAUGUCGACUAUGAUAUUGUUUCCAUAUCCUUCGAUAAUCUAUACAAACAACUCCGGUCACGUGAGGAAUCGAUAAAUGUAUGUCUUGCAUAUCCAUCUGAGCACUCAAAAAAUAAGGUGCAGUAUUUUCUUGCUCCUUUGAUAGAGGACCUGCAUCAACUGUAUCACGAGGGUCUAAGAGUCCGUCUGUCGGAAGAUGAAAUUGGUGUUUGCAAAUGCACCGUAUCAUCAAUUCUUGGUGCAAACCUUGCUACCACAGCGUCGAUGAUUAGUGCCAUUAAAGGACCUGACACGAGGUCAUGGGGAAUAAAUAACGCAAUAACUACACUUGCUGAAAUUCCUGGCGUGACGGUUCCAGGAUCAUUUCCCGCGGAUUUGAAAGCUUUCCUUUACGAGACUGUUUACGCAAAAGGGAUCCAUCAAAUCUUUUUCGCAAAGGAUAACCCCAGCUUCACGCAAGAGCUUGGCAGAUUGAAACAGUCUAUAAUGAAGAACCUCUCGCUAACUCAACAGAACUCAGUUCACAGUCUGCUGAAAAAAAGCAGCGCUCUGCAGGUCAAAAGUUCAAGCUGGCAGAUCGGUCAUAAAUUAUUCUAUGCAAUAUACUCUGUCACUUGUCUCAAGGCACAGAACAAUGAUGCAACGUCAGAAGCUACCAUGCUUUUGGUGGAGCUUAAUGGCUACCUUGAAGUUUACUCCUGUGAUGAUUUGACUGAUCAUAUAGAAGAGUUCAGGAAUUUCAUCAAACAGCUUCUCGAUAAACUCAAGAAUCUUUGCACCAAAUAUCAAAGCUUGAAGAAACUUCAGUCCGUGCCAUGCCAUAUGCUUCUCAGCGCUUGUGAUACUCUUUGGAGUGCCAAAACUAUUGCAAACACCCAUUGCAUGGCCAAAGAUAUGUCGCUUCCUUGGGUGAGGAAUCUCAAAAGCAAGACAGUUACUUCCGUUGGUGGACGUCUGCUGAUGAAAAGCAUCCACGAUUGUCUAUGGUUCUCAGAAUUCAAGUAUGAUGUUGAACAAGAUCACUGGAAGGUUCCUGGGAAAUGGAAAUUUGAUAAGCACAAGGAUGGACAUCGAAAAUUGCAGUCUAAGAUUGAAAAACGGAUCUUGUGCGUCAGAAAGUUACGCAAUCUACACUUGCAGUCGAUAAAGAAAGACGAGAGCGUUCUGGAUAGUAUCCGCAUAACUACUUAUGGCACUGCUAUAUUAGAUGGAGAGGAAUUCAAAAUUGGUGGAAGCAAGACGUAUGCCAAGAUACAACCCCGAUACAAACACGGAUCUGCAGUUUACAUCAAAAUCCAUGAGUUUGUUGAAAUCGGUCUGGAUGAGUUCCCUAGCAAAUUCGCUAUAGUCGAGAACCUUCAAGAGCUUGUUUUUAAGCACAAAUUACCAAUAGCCAACACGGACAAACAGCUAGUUGUUGGCCGCACAUACGAUACAUCUUCUUUGGGGAAAACUGAGAUAGUGGAGGUAGAGAAGUAUACAUGGAAACCGGUUUCUAUGAUACCUCUGGAUGCCACCACAUCGUUUGUUUACGAUCCACACCUUUGCUACGACGAAAUAAUAUCUAAAUAA